UAAACCAGGAUGAACAGAACUGAAACCAGGACUAGCAGGACUGAUUAUGUAGGAGGUUGGCUUGAUGGCUUUAUAUUGCAAAGCAAAGCAGCAGAGUAAAAGACAACCAUAUUGCUGCUUACCUGUGCUCACUGCACAGCUCUCAAUUUAAAGGGCAAGACGACGUGGCUUGGCCUUGAAUGCAUUUAUUAUUUCAUCAGAGUCCAGUUUCUCCGUGAGCUCUUUUUCAAACAUGAGCAACAAGAGGCUCCUCAGUCUCUCUGUGAUGACAGAUGAUUACAUACUAAUAGCCUAGAUUUAGAAUGCAACAUGUUAGUAAGACUAUAACAAGAAAAAUAUGCAUCAAAUAUUUGGGUGUGUCAGCUGUCUCUGUGCGUGGCACCGGCACACCCCGGCACACCCCUAGCUACGCCACUGCUUUCAUGUGAUUUCAUCCCAGAAGCCGGUCCGGGCUCAGCCGAAGGUCAGGUUCGUGUAAUCUUUGCAGGCUGAUUAUAGAGCGUUUCAUCAGAUGCCCCGUCUCUCCCACAUCUGUAUGAAACAUGAGAGGGCUGUGACAUGAUCUGACAGGAAUGAUGAUAUAAAAUCCUGCAGAUAAUGAACUCAACACACGCAUGCACACACACACAUUGUGCAACAGUCACCAGCCUAAAGCAACAACCUGCGGAGCAGAAAUUGUGAAGAAACAGGAAGCAGAGAAGAAUGGAGAGUCUGCAGACAGACAUGUAGGAGUGGUGAGGUGCUCCUCCUGUCUGUGUUGGUUGGUUGGGUUUCCUGCAGUCACGUGACCAUAGCAUGCUGUUUGUAGACACACUGGUGAAGGUGUAAAUGUCAGUCACAGCUGCUGUCAGGAAGGGCAGCAGGUAGGAGGGAGGAGCUCCGUGUCUCUGAAACAACUCGCCGUCUCCAGUCCUGCAAGAAUCUGUGUUUGUGUGUGAGGAUGAGUGGCGGCAAAAAGAGGAGUGGCUUCCAGAUCACAAGUGUCACCUCGGAUUUGAAGCAAAAUCCAACCGGCUGCUCAUCUCCUUCCAUGAUCCUGACUGUCGUCCAAUCGGAUUCCUCCUCAACCCCCAGCCCCCAACGGAGCUCCUCCCAGCCGACCACACCUUCUCUGAAGAGGAAGUACAUCUCCCAAGAUGUACUGGGGCAGGGGGCGGGCUGCUCCUCCAGGUUUAGGGUGGUGAAGCUGGCCGGGGGCGGGCCCAGCAGUGGUGGGCGGGGGGAUUCCUAUUGUCGGGGGAGAUGGACGUGUUCAGAGUUCAUGGAGCGACAGGAAGGGGCGAGUAUCAGGCGGGUAAUGGACAGCUUGAGACACGCCCACUCCCUGGAGUCCCUGGAGAUGAUUGGGCGGGACAGAGGGAGGGUCAAGGUCCACUCCCAGGAUACUGCCCACCUGUUGCCUCAGCCUGACGGGGGUCUGGAAGGGGAGGGGCUCGUUCUUCACAGUGGCCCACCAUCCCCGACGCACAGAGAGCCAAUCAAUGUCCGGCUCCUUGACAGGAGGCAGCUAGUGAGAGCGAAGGGUUCAGACUCACUCGCUCCGCCCUCCUCGCCCCGCCCACAUCACCUCCCUGGACCCUUAAAACUGGACACGGAUGCAGCAGGACGGUCUGUCCUGCGGGUGUCCCACUCCCUGCCCAGCUCUCCCCCCUCUGGAGUGUUCCAUCCCACUCUGUCCCCCAUCCAGACUCCCUCCGCCUUCCGUCUGGACCAGACCAUGUUUGACCUCCAGAGAGAUGCCAGUCUUUCAGGUAACAAUCCUCUGGGUAUCGAUAAUAAGAUCGAGCAGGCCAUGGACCUGGUGAAGAGUCACCUGAUGCUGGCGGUGAGGGAAGAGGUGGAGCUCCUGAAGGAACAAAUCAGAGAGCUGCAGGAGAGAAACAAUCAGUUGGAAAGAGAGAAUCACAUCCUGAGAGCCCUCACGCACAACAUCUGUACAACGUGAUGAAGAACAUCAACACGUUUACACAACGUAAUGAAGAACAUCGACCCGUCUACAUAACGUGAUGAAGAACAUCAACUCAACACAGCUGACGUCUGGAACUGUGUUGUCAGGGUAAAGGCUUUGAAAGACCCUGGUCACCAUAAAAACAGGACUCUUAUGAUGAUAAAUAAAAGUAGACUAAUUAAUCAAUAUGUAAUAACAGGUGUAUGUUUGUUGGUUGGUUUGUUUGCCAUUUUUUGAAAUGAGUGUUUACUAAAAUAAAAUUGUUUGC